AUAGGAAGGAAGGAAGUAAAAGAAAGCAGAGCGAGCAGCCUUAGAAGCCUUUCUCUUUGAGAGUUAUAAGGCAAGGAAAGAAUCCAUUGAAUUGUUUACUUACUAGCAAGGGAAGUUCCUUGCAGUUUCUUUAGGGACAGCUAACUUUCUAAUGUUCUCUAUAUAAAUUUUGUUCACCAAGUAAUUGCUAAAAGGCAUCUAGCUCUCUGUUUUUUUCUCUUGCUCAUUUCAUCAUCUGUCAUCUCUGUUUUCUCAUUAGUCUCCUCUCCUUUACAACUUUUUUCCUAGCUGAGCUUGUGUUAAGCAUACGCAGCUUCUCUUAGACUCAUUUCGCUUGAGUAAAAAAAAAAAAAUCCUUGAAACCUGAAAAUGGGAGUUGGAGGAACUUUGGAGUAUUUGUCUGAUUUAGUGAACAACAGCGGCCAUAAACACAAAAAGAAGAAGCAAUUACAGACUGUGGAGCUCAAAGUCAGAAUGGACUGUGAUGGCUGUGAGCUUAAGGUCAAGAAGGCCCUCUCUUCUUUAAGUGGAGUUAAAUCUGUGGAGAUUAACAGGAAGCAGCAGAAGGUGAGUGUGACAGGUUAUGUUGAAGCAAACAAAGUGCUGAAGAAGGCAAAGUCAACAGGGAAGAGGGCAGAGAUAUGGCCUUAUGUACCCUACAACUUAGUGGCACAGCCCUACAUUGCCCAAGCUUAUGACAAGAGGGCACCUCCUGGUCAUGUCAGAAAUGUGGAGAACAUGAACAUGACCUCCUCCACUGGCACUGUCACAAGAUAUGAGGACCCUUACACCACCAUGUUCAGUGAUGACAACCCCAAUGCCUGUUCUAUCAUGUAAUAACAUCAUGGGAUCUUCUCAUUAGUCUCCUCUCUCUCUCACUCUCUCUCUCACUCUCUCUCUCUCUCUCUCUCUUCCCUAGCCUUUCAAGCCUCUCUAAUAUUUUGAAUCUAAGACCUUUUUUGUCUUCUUCAUUUUCUUAGUUUUGUUUCUUAUCUUAUUGUAUUUUUGUUUUGGGUUCCCUUUUUUUAAUGAGAAAUAUGAGGAAUUAAGGAUUUUGAU